CCUCUUGGGACCAGUCAGUAAAGUGUUGAGGUAAAGGAUUGGUGAAGGAUUGGAAAUUGAGAGAUCUCAAAUCAGAAGCAGCGACCAGAACAUGAAGGUGGAAUGAAGGAGAGAAACAGAAGCUUUAGGUAUAGUUCUUCAUGAAAAAGAUUCGGAAGUAAGUGAAAAUGCGACUAGGGUUUGGGGAGGGAGAAUUGCCGCCCGGGGAGAGUAACAAAGUGGGCAGUCGUUCCUCCGGGGAAUGACGACAGAAAACGUGGGUGGGAUUGCUCUCAGUCGCAAACGACUGCCCACCACUCACUCAAAGGAACGGCACGGACAAGUCGCAAUUCCAGGCAGGCAGGUGGAAAGGGUCCCUGCGUCAAGGGAAGAGGGAGGGGUGUGGGAACUGGGAACUGGGAGAGGGGAGGGGGGGGGGGUUGUUCAACAAGAGGGGGAAAAGAAGAAGAAAGAACAGAAGGGAGGAGGAAGAAGGAAGUAUGUAAGAAGAGGAGAUUCGGAGGGCGAAGGAAGGAAGAAGGGAAAAAAUGAGUGUGAGAGAGUAAUCGGAGAGCGACAGAGUGAGAAACAAGCCUCUGGGCUCGAUGUACUCCGACCGUCUGUCUCAGCAAGACUUGCUGGCACAGAAGAAAUUAAAAAAAAAAUCGAAAAAAUAAUGAUAAUAUGGAAUAAUCAAAAUGAAGGACUAAGAAUAGCGAUUCAUUUGGGAAAGGGCGACGAGCGAAUAAGAGAGAGAGAGGGGCGAGUAAAGUGAAAGUGAGUGCAGUAAGUACUCCGUAAGUGAGUAAGUGAGUGAGUGAGUGAAUGGGCGAGUGGAGAUCCAACCGGCCGUGUGUUGCUGACAGCACGCCAAUCAGUGGU